CAGCCCUAGUCAGUCAGUUAGCACGUUAGCUUGGCUGCAGUUGCUAGCUAAGCUUUUGAGCUAGUUUAGCCAUUUAUAGGCUUCAUGUGUAAGAAAACCAAAGUGAUGUAACUUGUAUAAUAUACAAACAGCAGACCAGAAUAAAUUAUAAAAGUGAAUUUGUCAGAUUAGAUACCACCAUGCAUGAUUUUAAAGUCAGUGUUCACUAGUAUGUUUGCUAUUAGCUUUGGUGUAGCUCCUAAUUUGACAUGUCGAGUUACAAUUAAUUAACUGACAGAGUUAGCGUUUCUGGAUGAGCAUGUCUCUCGCACAGCGAGUUCUCCUCACUUGGAUCUUCAGCCUCGUCUUCCUCAUCAUGCUGGUACUCAAGUUGGAUGAAAAAAUUCAAUGGAACUGGUUUCUCGUCUUUCUUCCUGUCUGGGCCUUCGACACCAUUCUCCUGCUCAUGCUCAUUGUGAAAAUGGCUGGCCGCUGUAAGCCAGGUUUUGACCCUCGCAACGCAGCUGACAACCUGAAGAAGCGAGUUUGGUAUCUUGUGGCCAUUUUGUUAAAGCUGGCCUUUAGUCUGUUAUUGUGUGCCAGGCUGGAAGAGCUGAAAAAGAUACAGCUGAGUUUCAUUUGUAUCCCUCUGUGGGCUCUUCUUAUCGGUGCAAUGGUGGAGCUCGGCUACAAUGUCUUCCACUUCUGAAGAGACUGACAGGAAGACGUUGGAUUGACUCAGAAGGAAAUUGAAAAUAUAAUUUGUGUACUAUAUAACAACAUUAUUUAUAAGUAUCCAUAUGGAUUAGAACUACAGCUAUUUGUAAAGUCUGAAAAGCCUCACUAGUGGACACAUUGAUGGUUUUUGUUGUGGGUAUCAGGUAGCAGGUCCUACAUGCCUACAUUUUUUUUUAAUCUGUCUUUUUGGUUUCCACAUUUUCCUCUUUACCCCAAAUGCAGGUGAUCAUCCAAGACUCAUUUGAUAUCUGAAACUCUUUGCACUGGAUUUGUAAGACAUUGAUGCUAACAAGUAGAUAAACUUUAUAGCUACAGGUGUAGCACUGCACACAUCAUAAUCAAAAUAUUUAAAAUGCCUUCUAUAGACAACAUAGCACACCUACAAAUAAAACUGAAUUUGUAGUAUCACCUGAAGGACUACUACUUUCAAUUGUGUAUUUUAAGAUUGCUAAACUGGCUUUGUCACAGCAAGCAUAUCAAUGGAGCUACAUGGCCUUGAAUGUCAAACAUUUCUUGGGUGAAUGAUUAUAUUUGGGAUAAAAAGGAGAAACUGGAUAUUUUAUUUUUGGCUUCAAAGUAUGUUUCGAGAUUUCUUCAUAAGACAUUACAUUGAAUUUUGGGUAUUGUGUUUUCAUUUUUAAAAUAUUUGUGCAAUUAUUACAUACACACCAUAAAAGAGAUUUCAGCUGAUGUUUUUUCAUGCACAAUAGAAAAUGAUUGUCUCUCAGCAGAAGCAUAUUACGUUUAAUGCUUUAUGUUAAUGUGCAAUAAACAAACAUUAUUUAUUGCAGAGGUGUUAUCAUUAAAGAAACCACAGCUUAAAUAAAAUCAAAUUUGCAAAGUAAGUUAACACCUGUAUUAACUAAAUUUUUUGUAAAUAAUACAUACGCCUAUGUUAGGAAAAGUUCGUUCAGAUCCUUUCCAUAAAUGUUUCCAUUAUUGUGUUACAAAAGUAGAAGUCAUUAGUUUUCUGUUCUGAAGACAAUUUUGUGUCUGAAAAUUUCAUGUUCUUUACUUCUAACUGUUAGAAAACUCAGACACUGGAGACACUAAAUAAAAAUGAUUAGUAAGGCCACCCUUAAAAAUAUUUUGGUUUGCAGUAACAAUUAAAAUAAUAAUAAUAAAAAAGGUAGGUAGGUCUAUUUUUUAUUUAUUUAUUUUUUUUUCAAGUUUCAAUGUAAUUUUGGUGACGGUGAUUACGUAGGUAUGACUUUAAACAAAUUAGCAUAUCGUGACGUCACUGACUGGGUCUUCAACCCGUGCCUUCGGGCGCAUCAUUGCAAACCUUAUUUUGAUGCUGGGCAAUAUUUAUAUUUAUUUACAAUACUUACUAAAAUAUAAUUAAUAUUAUUUUAUUGCUUUUGUAUUAGUUGUUUGAAGAGUAAAAAAAAAAGGUCGGUCUUAACGCAAAUUUACAACCGGCAAGUCGGUCGGACUUAAAGCAGAAAACAAAACGAAACAUUUGAGUCGGUCGGGUUACGGCAAACAAGAAUAUUUUUAAGGAUGGCCUAAUUAAUUAAUCAAUCAAUUGAUAUUAAUGUAAUCUACAUUGACAUAAAAUGUUAACUGUAUUUGAAAGACUCUUGUUUAAGAAGUACGCACUGCAGAAAUAUUCCAAAUACAGGUCUAGUCUCCAGAUACAGUUUGAUUCCUUAUGAUUAAUUAGACAGGUAGACAAACAACCUAAGAUAAUGAGGCACAAUCCAGUCCAACCAUGUAAACCAAACAGUUGAGGGCUUUGCUCAGGAGAACAACGGUGGUUCUUUGCUAAUAAAAUUCCAUAAGUACAUUGCUGGUACUUUCUCAAGGACUCAGAUUUCAACUCACAAACGUAUUAUGCAAAGCCUUGCUCGCUGAGCCGUCACCCCCAGUGAGACAACGUUCUGCUGUCAAAAUUAGUUCUGACACUAAAAACCUGCUGGUAUGAAUUUGAAGGUUUAGUUAUGUUGGUGCUUAAGAAGGUCAAGUUGCUUUACAUAACCACAAAUGAAAAGUUAAAUACACAGAGAUGAUGAUGAUGAUGAAAUAUUCUCUCCUUUUUUAUCUUUUUUUUUUCUCUAUAACUUUAUCUAUGAUGAUGUUUUUGUUAUGUGUGUAGAUCAUGAAUUAUUUGUUCUCGAAGCCAGAAUUAAAACAUUUAAAACUG